GAGGUGAGGUAAGAGUCAGUGUGGGGUGAGGAGUGGUGGGUGUAACACAGUAUCAGUGCAUCGUGUCGUCCUGACUCACCUGGUUAUCGUGCUCAAGUCAGCCAUGAGAUGCAGCAGUCACAACAACCAUCCCAGAACUGUUACAGAACACUAAACCGCCGCAGCUUCCCCCAUCCGUACUAAGCAUCAAAAAUAGGCAACAUUAUUUUUGAUUAGUGUUUAGAUGGGUGACCGCGUCAGGGAACACUAAGUUCUGCUAAUAACAAUGUUAAUUUCAAUUAUCGAAGCAGAGAGAAGAAAAAUGAAGUUCUAAGAAUACAAAUUAAGUUCUUAGAAAAAGUAAUAUUCUUAAAACAAACAUUAAGUUCUAAGAACGAACAUCAAGUUUUUAGAAAAAAUAAAGUUCUUGAAACAAACAUCAAAUUCAAGAGUAAAAACUCGAGUUGUUUCAACAAAAAUAAAGUUCCUGAAGUUUUGCUGGGACUCCAAGACGUGUUGCAGACCGCCUCGGGAGGAUCCUAAGUGAGGAUCUUUGAAAAAGAUCCUACCAUGUGUUGCUAGUGAUGAUGAUAGUGGUGAUGGUGAUACUGGUGAUGGUGGUGGUGGUGGUGGUGGUGAAGAUCCACCAGUAAACCUAACUGCAGUGUGUGGACGUGUGUGUGUGUGUAAAAUCCGUUAUCGUGCAGAUUUGGACGUACAUGAACUGCUGCGUGUUGAGGAUGGACGUGGUGCUGCUGGUGUCCUUGUUGUGCCCUCAGGCUCAUGGAGUGAUGAAUGUGAUUGAUGCCGUGAAGCUGGGUUACCUGAGCCGUGCUGUCACCCUGCUGGCCAGGGGUGAAGAUGUCCAUGCUAUCGACACUAUAGGGUGGACUGCUCUACACAGCGCAGCACACAUGGGGCAGACUGAGCUAAUCAAACUCCUACUGGAUUAUAAUGCUACCCUCGACUCUCCUGAGCCCAACUACGGCAAGACAGCGCUCCAUCUAGCAGCGUACAACGGUCACGAGGCGGCCGUAGCCACCCUCCUGGACGCUGGUGCCAACUUGGAAGCCACAGACAUAAAUGGUCAGACGCCCCUGCACCUGGCUACCUGGAAGGGUCGUACACGAGUCAUACUCCAGCUCCUGAGCCAUGGUGCCCAGGUCGACGCCCAGGACAGGAGAGGAAGUACACCAAUUUUCUUGGCGACGAUAAAGAACAUGGAGGAGGCGGUGGAGGAACUACUGCCUUUCUGUCCAGACCUGAGACUCCCUGAUAGUCAAGGUCGUACAGUGAGUCAGUACGCUCGUGAUGCCAACCUCACCAUCCUCACUAUUCUUGAAGAUCACGCGAGUCACCCCUGCAACACACACAAACCUCAGCGCCAGGCUAAGAGACUCGUCAUCACUGAAAAAGGGAGGUCGUGUCCACGCGGGGAGAGACACUACCCUGGGGACGACAGGUGGUCGUCUAGCUGGUGGCUGAGGGAGACACCAGCAGGCCAGGCACUGCCAAUACCCUGCCCACCUGGUGCCAACGGCACUGCCACCUGGACCUGUCGACCAGAUGCCACCUGGGAGAGGACACCCAUUCUCAGCCAGUGCAAAGCGGUGAUCUUCUCUGGGUGGAGGGAGGCACUGGAUGACGGAGAUAACGUGACAGCUGCGCAGAUCUUGAUGAGCAUGUCCAGCAGUCUCCAAGAUGUCACUCUGGCUCCGGGAGACCUCCUCACCCUCGUCCACAUCCUCGCAACACUACAAGAUAAACACAACCAAGACUUACACAACCUUACCACGCUGUCAGGAGCAUACAACCUUGCUCGGGUGUUCAUGGAGGGGAUGAUGGUGGCUGUGAACACUAUGUUCUCUGUGCCUGGUCUAUGGUGGGGCCUGGCCCCUGAGCAGCGGGCAACCACCUCCUCACUCCUGCAGACCUCCCUCACUUCUGCUGCCGUCUCCCUUGCCUACCUUCAGAAGGCUCCCACCAAGACCUUCACACAACAGAAACUACAGGUGAAGGUUAUACAGCAGCCUACAGCAUACUUCAUGAAGGAGAGUGGUCGUUCCUACACUCACCCUCACUUCAACCUCACCACCAUCACUCUACCUCACCACUUCUACGAUGGCUACCUGCAACCUCUCACCACUGUGAAGGUCGUCUUCUUCUCCUUCACCGACCUCCACUGUACCUCCAACACCCUCCCCUGUGACCCGAAGCAGGUCAAGGCUGAGCGUGACCUCCCAGCCAAGGGUCAGGUCAACAGUGCCAUCAUCGGUGCCACAGUGGGAGACAAGGCCUGGCACGCUGCGCUCGGUGAGGUGGUGGAGGUGCAGCUGGAGCAUGUGUACAGUGGCGACACCUUUGCUCUGGGUGUGCCCACCUGUGUGUGGUGGGACGAGGUCUCCAGUUCUUGGGCCACCCAUGGGUGCCGCCUGGCACACACCUCUGCUAACUACUCAGUGUGCCACUGUGACCAUCUCACCAACCUGGCACUCAUCACAGACGUCAACGAUGUAAUUGACACAACCAGUGUGCUGUUCUAUGUGAUGAAGUGUGUGAGUAAAGUGGGCUGCGUGGUGGCAGUGGUGAGCCUGGCGCUGUGUGUCAUGUGCUUCGUGGGUUUCCGAGAGGUCCGUGGGCGAGCCAGUAGUGUGGUGCAUGCCAACAUGUCCCUCUGUCUGCUUGGCACUGAACUGCUGGUGCUGGGGGGCCUGGAUGCCAUCCACCGCCCGGUCGCCUGUACCGUGGUGGCGGCAUUCCUCCAUUAUCUCUUCUUGGCUACCUUCACCUGGAGUGCCAUUGAGGCCCUGCACUUGUACCUCAGUUUUGUUAAGGUGUGGAAGGCAGGUAUGGGCCUGGUGAAGUACUACCUGUGUGUGGGUUACCUGGUACCACUAGUGUACGUUAGCAUCACACUGGCUCUCACACACACCGUGGGUUACGGGGCACCCACAGCGUGUUGGCUGGCGCCCCGUGGUUUAAUAUGGACUUUUGCUGCUCCUCUUGCUGUUAUUCUCUUGGUAAAUGUUUCAGCCUUAGUGAUGACGAUGCGUGCUGCUUGGUGGGGAGAGGAUCCUGAACACACUCAUCAUUGUCAUAGAGGCUCUGGCGACAAUACUCUAAGAGGCUCUGGGGACACUACUCGAAGAGGCUCUGGGGACACUGCUCGAAGAGGCUCUGGGGACACUGCUCCAAGAGGCUCUGGGAACACUACUCGAAGAGGAUCUAGGGACACUACUCUCUGCGAGAGACUAUCUGUAGACACUAGCCACUUGGAGCGUCCACCAGGUGACACUGACCACUUGCAGAAUCUAUCAGGAGACACCAACUGUCUGGAGAAGAUGCAAGGGAAUACUAACUACUUGGAGAAGUCAUCAAGGGACACUGACCAUUCAGAAAAGCAACCAGGGGACACAGACUGGUUUGAAAAGCAACCCGAGGACACCAAACAGUUGGAAAAUCAACAAAGGGACACAGACUGGAUAGGAAUGCAGCCAGGGGGCAAUGGUGGGUUAGAGAAGCAACCAGAGGAUACAGACUGGUUUGAAAAGCAACCGGGAGACACAAACCAGUUGGACAAGAAACCAGGGGAUACCAACCAGUUAGAAAAGCUACCAGGGGAUACUAAUCAGGUAGAGAAACAGCCAGAAGAUAUCAACUGGUUGGAGAAACAGGUAGGGUAUAACAGCUGGUUGCAGAGGCAGGCAAAAUGCAACAGGCGGAAAGGAAGGCGGCUAGGUUAUACCAGUUGGUUGAAGAAACUACCAGGAUAUAUCAAUCAGUUAGAAAAACAAGCAGAGAAUACCAACCAGUUAGAAAAGCAGUCAGGAGACACCACCCAGUUUGACAAAAAAACAGGGGACACUAAACAGUUAGAGAGACAGCCAGGUAAUGAGAAGGAACGAGGGGACACAGGAGGCUCCGACAAGUGUUCUGUGAACACAAGACUGCAUGAAACGCAACCAGGGAACACAGAGAAGCUUGAAAAGUCCUGGGACGGCAGUGGUAGCAAAGGUGCCGGAGAGAACAAGCACCAAGAGGAGGAAGCAGUAGAGCCUUUGGGAAGAGCAGGAGUAGGCAGGAGACUCUUCAGUUCUCUCACAGUCCUGCUCCUGCUAUGUCUUACCUGGCUCUCAGGAUUCCUAUAUUAUAUUCAUGGUACUCUAGCCAUGGCUGUAGUCUUCACGCUGGUAAACUCCGUGCUAGGCGUGGCUAUCUUCCUGCUGCAUGUGGUCAAGAAUGAAUACAUCAUGCACGAAGUCAGAGAAGUACUUAAGUAGCAGUGGAAGCAGUAACAGCGGUAGCGGUAGUAGCAGUAGCAGUAGUAACAUCUAUACCAGCAGCAGCAGCUGUAUCUGCAGCAACCGUUGUAUUAGCAGCAACAACAGUAAUAACAGCAGUACCAUCAUCAGCAACAGCAGUAACAACGAAAACAGCAGAGCCAGCGUAGCAGUUAAUUAAUAAUCUUUACAUCACAAUAUGCAGUACAAUAUAAAUUAACACAAUAUAUCCCAUAUAGCAUAAACUAACACGCAAAUAAAACAUUACUGAGCGUUCCUCAGCUGAGGCAACAUAUAUCUUGUGAGUUCAUGUUUUUGUAGCCAACUUAUUUAAGACGUUAUUGCCCAUAUGAUUUACAAAAAAAAAGUUUUGUUUUAAUAAAGAGCUGGAGAGCCUUGAGGAAAUAAUAUCCCUAUUUGAUAUUUGAUAACUGGGUAAAUAAAAUUAAAAUACAUAAUAACAAUGUAUAACAAAAUUCAUUACAUAAAUGUGAAGAACCAUGAAUUCUAAGUUGGGUAGCCCGGAAUAUUGUAAAUAAUUUGAAAACUCAACAAUGCUAAAAUACCUGUAGCACCACCUUAUUACCACUCCAGAGGUGGAAGUUGUCGUCAGGCUUUCAGUAAGCUUUAAUAGACAAGUGUGUCAAAUUUUUCUA